UCAAGACGUCUUCUGCACACUAGACUCUUUAGUCGUCUAGUACUUAUUACUUAAGUACUAAAAAUAGUGCUUGGUUUCUAAUACUUAAUUUCUGGAACUGCUCAUGGCCAGUACUUUAUAAUAGAAACUUUGUCAAAUGGAAAGGCAAAAGUCAAUACUUGGCAGGAAAAAACGAGGCCCAACUGCUGCACCAGGAGACUUCAUUGCUUUAGGGAAGCAAUCAAAGCCAAAUGAAGGGGAAGUCAAGAGACCAACUAGUCCCCAGCACCUGGGGCGCAAAAAGGAAUCACCCGGAAGUACAGUCUCUUCAGCCAGUUUAGCCAAGAAACCAAAGCUUAGUACAUCAGCAUUUGGAUCACUAAGUAGGCCCCAUGGGGACACUGCAUCUUCAUCCUCUAGUUCCUCAACCCAGUUUGAUGAAAUUGCCAUUACUGUUGAACCUACUGAGUUGCUGUCAGCUAUUUUAUCUGCUGAAGAUGAAAGAAAUGAUGAAAGGGCUGAAGGUUUGCUUUGUGGAGCGGUUAAAUACCUUCGUCGAGAUAGGGCUAAACCAGAUCCUAUUAUUUAUUUGACACUGAUGUACCUUUCUAAAAGCAAACCUAAUCUUUUCUGCACUGAGAUAAUCAUUGAGGCAUUCUGUGGGCUUCUCAAAAGGGAAUUAGCUCUCACAUUCAAGGCAAAAGGAAACCCAUUAGUUUCUGUUCUUGCAUGCAAUGUUUUAAUGAAUGCAUUUGCUGAUGAGGAAAACUGGCCAGACAAUUUUGUUAAGGUAUUUGUUGAAGAUUCGCUUGGUGAGCGAGUUUGGGUUGAUAGAGAUGAUUGCCGAACAUUUGUGGACAACAUCCACACAGCUUUUGGCACUAAAAAGUCUGCAAAACAUUUGUUAAUGACUACAGCAGAAGCUAUGAGGGGGGAUGCCUCUGGUUCAGUUAGUCCUGCUCAGAAUUUAUUUGAUGAGGAAGAUUCCUCUUCAAAGUUAAGUGAUGCUGGGGAUGGGGAUAAAUCAAAUUCAAGUACAGCCUCUUCACCUGUUUGUAUUCCCAGGUAUCCAUAUCAACAAUCAGCGAUUGAGAUAUACAUUCUUGAUAUCAUCAAAGACAUUUUAAACAGACGCCAACCCAUGGAUUCCUCUUCUCGUAAUCUGAUUAGGCUAAUGACGUCCACCAGUGGUUACGGAGAAGUCCGUAACAUGGCAGCGCAGCGCAUCGACAUGUGGCUACAAAACCCCAAGCUGACUCGUGUAUCACAGGAUCUUUUACUUGCUGUAUGCACCAACUGUGACAAACAUGACCCUAACGAUCUCGAAGUUAUUGGCCAUUUGACCAAAAUGCGGAUGAAAACAAAGCCACUCAUCAACCAUUUUCUGAACUGCAUGAGGGAGCUGUUAUCUCAACACCCUGAGAACCUUCGCAUGAUACUGAAUCACACUAUCUACAAUGAGUUAUCAACAUCGAGGAAUCCGAACAACAUGCCACUCUUGACAGUCAUUUUUUCACACUCCUCUGAGCAGGCUGCUAAGAUACUUGCAGAAAUAUUCCAGGAUCUACUCAUCAACAAGGAUGAUUAUCUUAAAGCACUGCGUAUGCUGCUCAGAGAAAUAGUCCGAUGCACACGUUUAGAUAUGAAUUUUUCUACAUUUUGUCUUGGCUUGAUGCAAGAAAGGCUGGAGCAGAAGUUUGUGGAGAUGGAUACUGCUCUGAAAGAGCGCUAUGUUCUUUCAAUAGCAGAUUUAAUCUCCAUGGACAUACUUCUGAGUGUGGCUCCUAAUGUUAGAGAGGCAGCUGCAAGCUUGAUGCAAGGAGAUCAUAAAAAUCUUGAGUUGAUCCACAUGUUCAAGAGACAGGUAUCUACAAUACAGAGAGAUGCUGUUUGGUGGCUACAUACUAUAGUUCCCAAGAUAACAGAGCUAAAAACUGAGGCAUACCUUCAUUGCUUGAAGAAAGUCCUGUUCCUGGAAUCAGCAGAACAUUAUUACAACAAGGACAACUGGCCGCCUGAGACAGAAAGAGGGAUGAUGCUGAGACUUGCGUCUGAAUCUCCUGUCAUGGAGGACACAUUGAUGAGGCUGCUUGUUAUAGGCCUGUUAAGGGAUCUGCCAUUAUCUGCUCAUGAUGCUGUGGAGUUGGUUGAUCAGCUUGUUUGUCGAGCAGCUGCACUGUAUUAUGAUUUGGGUCUAGUUGAUGUGUUACAAAUGGAAAGGCUCGAGUUCAUUGAUGCCCUCCUUAACCUUUGUAUUUACAAGCAUCCAGAGAAUAUAGUGCUGCCAUCAAGCUAUACACCACCAAACCUUGCCAUAGCUGGCUUGAUGUGGAAAGCUUGGCUCACUCUGCUGAUCAUUACUGCAUACAACCCAGCCGUGUUUGGUGAGACUGCUUGGUUGAAAUAUCCCCAGUUACAGUCCCUGAUGGAGAUGGUGAUGACAAACAACUUCACAUUUCCACCACCAACUACAGCAACAGAUGAAAAGGCUGUGGAAGAAUUUAGAGCCAGAGAAAGACAGAUUCGGCAGCAAGAAAUUCAGCUGAUCCUAGAGUUUGAAACCCACCUGGCAGCUGCUACCACUAAAGUGACCAUCACUGAAACCAACAGCCAUCUCAUUGGACAGCUGAUCCAUAAUGAUCCAAAUGGCCCAGCACGGUUCCCACCAGCUGACAUAAUGGAGCUGCUCAAGUCUCUAAACAACAACCUCAAGCUGGGCCAGAUGUUGUGUCGCAGCCGGAGCCCUGACUUCCUGCUUAGGAUUAUAAAUAGACAGGGAACAUCACAGUCCAUGCCGUGGUUAGCUGAGCUAGUGGAGUCCAGUGAGGGGUCAUUGGAUGUUCUCCCUGUCCAGUGUUUGUGUGAGUUCUUGUUGCAUGAACCAACAGAUUUGGCCACAGACAUGGAUGUCAUGGAUGUGUUUGGAGCUGACCGAACAAAAAGGAAGCAGAAAAACAAGAAACACCAACAGCUUCUAAACAGACUUCAAGAUUUGGUGCACAGCUCUUCCAGUGAGUCUAAGACAAUGAAGGAGGUGCUGGAUUACUUCCUGCAGAGAUUGUCUUCUACACAGGCCUCCACAAGACAACAGGCAGUCAAGGGCCUGUCAGCUGUUGUUGCACCCCAAGCAGUUUCUCCAGAUGAAUCAAUGGACCUGGACUUAAAACAUGACUCCAAUGAUUGGCUUCUGGUGCAGAUGACAUCUCUGCCACUGUUUCAUCAAGUCAAGGAAUCCCUGUGCCUAGCACUCAGAAAGGCCUGCCAAGUUGAAACUGACCCAAACAGAAUAAAUGCUUACAUCUUGUUCCUGUCCACUCAUGCUUUGACUGAGCCACAGCAGACUUGGAAUGACCUGGUGCUUGACAUUGCCCAACUUUUAGUGGAGAGGACAGCUGUUGUCAACUACAUUCUCCCUGAUCUUGCUGUCAAGCCCUCUGAUAAAACAGAAGAACAGUGUGAAACCCUAAAUGCUUUUAUUAAGUUGUAUCUGGUAUAUAUGCGCAAUGCUCGCAAGGAGGAUAAAGAUACAUUUAGUUGGUCAAAUACCCAGGAUCAGAUUUUAAUUCAGUGGGAAUCUGGCCAGUCAGCUACUGUACAUGUCCUGGUUGUUCAUGCUAUGAUAGUGCUGCUCACUUAUGGCAGACCAAAAGAAGAUCCGAAAGAACCUGGAAAUAUGCUGUAUAUGGAACUGUUUAACAUGUGGAUUCAAGAAAAUAAUCGCAUGCCCUCUGGGUAUUUGCUGGAUACAUCUGAAGAAGCUCUACUGUUGCCAGAUUGGCUGAAGUUACGAAUGCUGCGGUCUGUGGAGGAGAGACUUGUCAGUGCGGCUCUGAUGGAAGUGGAGCCUACCCAGCUUGUUUUAUUUGUCCAGUCCUUUGGUAUCCCAGUGUCCAGCAUGUCCCGCCUGCUAGCUGCCCUGGACGUGGCUGUGGCCAAUGACCCCAGCAUGAUCUCUCAGGCAGUUGUUGACGCAGCCUACAUGGCCAACCUGGUGGAGAUACAGCAUGAGAGGGGGGCUACAGGGGGACAAGCUUUUUAUAGCAUUCUGACACAGGGCAAGGAUAUCAAUGCUCAAGAACCUGCAAAGACUGAUGAGGAAAUGACAACUGAAGAUGUGUGGAAUGUUAAAGGAACAGGGGAGGUUAUCCUACCUAAUUCUGUGGAGAAGAUGGCUAGAAUACUUGACCAGAAAUUCUCUGAUGGUGUAAAUAUAGAGAAUGGAACGGCCAAACUUUUCCAGCUAGUUCUACAGGCCUCAGCCAAUGACAAAGCCAAGGCUGGAGUUAUCAUCAAGGCUUUCGACAGUCUUUUGAACUCACCAAAGAAAGAAGUUUUCACUCAGAAAGUGUACACAGCAACUUUCAGAUCCUGCCCAGUCAUCAAAGUUCUGAUAGCAAAACAGCCUGAACUCCACACUGAACUGCACACAGUCCUGGAGAAGCUGAGCAACUUUGGUGCUGGCCAGAAGUCCAUGCUCACCUGUGUUGUCACACAGUUCAUGACCUCCAGCGUCAAGUCCAGGCAGAGCAAACCCCCAGUCAACAAACUGGUGGAAGGACUGGUCAGCCAAUGUUCUAAACAAAAACUGGAUGUUGGGGCCUUUGUGGAAGGUGUGCAUCAGUUAAAAGACCCAGAGAGCAUGGAAUUGGCAGUCAACACCAUGAUGGACAACUUGCUGGCACAGGGGCGGUCAACAGAAGGGACCCAACUGGCAUGUCAGGUUUUGGCUGCAGACAGCAGCUCCUCAAUGACUCCAAGUUCAGCUAUCCUGUUUAUUGACUGGCUAUCAUUGCUGGACCCAGAGAUUGUCAAGUCCAGUCCAGAUCUUCAGGAGAAGCUCCUGUUUGCCCGCAAAGUUUCUUCCAGUGGACCAGCUGUAGCCAGCCCUAGUGAAGCAGCUGUCCCAAGUCAGGCUCACCUUCUGGCCCUCCUAACCCACCAAACCAGCUGGGAUACUCUCCGGCGCUGUCUCUCACGUCUGCUGCAGCCUGCAAGGGUUAAAGAACUAGACCCAACAGCUGUACUUGACUUUGUUUGGGCAUGUGAGCACAUUCCAAAAAUCUGGCAAGGUAGAGAGAAGAGAACACAGGAGAUGGAGGAGAAAGAAGAUGUGCUCAACCUGACACCACCCCAGCUGUGCACUGUUGUGGAUCUGAUACUAGAAGAAACAGAGCUACAGAACAACAGCAAGUCUAAUAGCUCAGACAUCUCUCAGCCAACUAUCAUAAAGAGCAGGAUGGAUCUACUCAUGUCUUGUGUUUGCGAUGAAAUGGACAGAAUCAUCACAGUGGUCAACCAUUUGCAGGAAGGAUACAAUGUUGCAACAGGCUUGAUGAGCAAGUGUAUCAUUAGCCUAGCCACAAGUAUAUACCUCCAGUUCCCCUAUAUCCAGUCCUGGAUGGCUGAAGACAACCCAUUACUCUCAGAACUUAUGUCUAGUCGUACUGUACAGUGCCAGAUGGAUGUAAUCUCUCAUCGUUUGAUCUCAAGUCUUGGCGUAAUCCAACAUGGAAUGAAAGCUCAGAACAGAAUGUACGAUGCCAACAUUGCAUGUAGGAAAAUGGCUGCUCAUCAUCCAGCGAUAUUUUUAAGGCAGCUGCCAUUGAUUGGCGCCAUUUUAUCUGGACAGACCCUGUUCACAAUGGGUGAGAUGCGCCACACGAACCGCCUGCUGUUGUUCACACACAUGCUGGGACUGAUUGAGCUCCUGCAGCCCCAUGUCUUCAGGCAUGAACACAUUGGGCUUGAGGAGGUCCUGGACUCUUUCUUCUCAUUGAUGGAGCUGCAUGCAGAAGAAAAAGGCUUUGGGUCCCAAGUUCACAAGCUGGUUCUGAUACUUCAAAACUUUUUAACACACGACCCACAACGAGCUCUGCCACUGCUACAAAAGAAACUUCAGCUGUUGAGCAACCUGGCCUCGAUUUAUCCAGAUAUUUUUGAACUGAAAGCACUGAUGACAAACUUAACCUUGCCCAGACAGUCUGAAAACAGUCCAAGCUCAAAGCAGGGAGGGAAAGCUGCAAUUUUGUCCAGCUUUCUCACCAACAACCCUGGCUUUACUAAUGCUCAACUUCUCCCAAUAAUGAGGAAGUUAAAGAAAAAUUCUCCUGAAGAUCUUCUGUCAGGUCUGUUAGAAUUAGAUGACAAGUCUAAAAGAAAAAUUGACAUUUUGAUUCAUUUUGAGAGUCAGCUGUUGAACUUGAUGUUAUCUCCAUUUGAACAAUGUAGAAACAUGACAUUUGCUUUGAUACUGAGGUUGUUGAGACAGAAUCCUAGAAAAGCCAUCAACUUUGUUGCCACAUAUUUGGACUGCUUAAGCUCAGAGAACCCCGACAUUGUCAUGUCAGCCUUGAAAAACCUGGCAGAAUUCACAGCUCUAUGCCAAGAAGAAGCCACCACCCUGUUACAGAAAGCCUUUACUGUUGGCAUAAGGAUGUCAAUAGAUUCAAGCAUGUACAUUUGUGAAACCCUACAAAAGUUGAACAUUCAUGCUGCCAUUAACAGUUCAUGAAACUUGUUUUUUUAAUUAUUGUACAACUUUAUUAGCUUGUUACAUAUGAAUUUUAUGUAUUUUAUUA